GUAGAAACGAAAAGUUCGAGGCGUUUUCAAGGCAAAGGUGGGUGUUAUAAAAGAUUAAUAUCUGCUUCCACAGACAUGAUACUUUAAUGCUGUUGUCGCCGAAGAGGACGUGUGUUUGCUGUGCCCGCUGUUUCGAUGGCUUGCUUUGACAGUAAUAAAGGGAGUUUGGAGGAGGACAGCUAUGAAGGAGCUGUUGGUGGAGAGCUGUCCGGCUGUGCUUUGGCAAUGCUGGAAAAAGAAUCCCUUCUCAGCCCGUCAGAGAGCCCCGGCACCUUCAUGAGCAGCACCUCCUCUAGUCUUCAGGCCCCUGCCCCCCUUCAAGGCUAUGAUGUGGAUUUUGACCCACCCCUAGAGAGUAAAUACGAGUGCCCUAUCUGCCUUAUGGCUUUGAGGAAUGCCAUCCAAACACCCUGUGGUCACCGUUUCUGCAAGAACUGCAUUGAGAAAUCAAUUCGUGAUACAGGACAGAGGUGCCCUGUGGACAAUGAAAGGCUGUCAGAAGACCAGUUGUUUCCUGAUAACUUUGCCAAACGGGAGAUACUCUCGCUAACUGUCCGCUGUCCAAACUUUGGCUGUGCUGAGAAAAUGGAGCUCCGACAUUUAGAGAAUCACUUGGCACAGUGUCAGUUUGCCACGGUGCCUUGCCCACAGUGUCAGCAGUCUGUGAGAAUGAGCCACCUCGAGGAGCACAAAACUGUCGAGUGCCAACGGAGACCUGUGUCAUGUCCAGACUGUGUGACAAGCUUUGUUUAUGAGGAGAGAGAGCUUCAUGAGCAGCAGUGUCCCUUUGCCAGUGUGAAGUGCCAGUACUGUGAGAUGGAUCUCAUCAGAGACCAGAUGGAGUCUCACUGUGAUACAGAUUGCCCAAAAGCACCCAUUGCCUGUAACUUUAGCACCUUCGGAUGUAAGGAAAGGAUGCAGCGCCACAACUUGGCUCAGCACAUGCAGGAGUUCACGCAGAUGCACAUGCGCUACAUGGCUGAGUUCCUGCGUGGCCUUAGCCUCAACGGCACCACACCCAAAUCCCUGUGGGCACUAGGACCUUCAGUUUCCUCGGAGGAUCAAGGAGCUGCAGCAUCAGUUUCAGCCUGUAGCGGACCCAGAGGAGGAGCUGCAAGCUGCAGCAGCAACUCUGCCCCGUCUCAGCCCACUGAGGAGAUGCAGAGGCUCAGGGAGAUGGAUGGACGAUUAGUGAAGCAGGAUCACCAGCUGCGUGAGCUUAUCAUCUUAAAAGAGACACAGGCCGGCCAUCUCGCAGAGAUCAGGCGUAGAGUGUCAAUGCUGGAGGAGACAGUGAAGGAGCUGGAAGCCCAGCAAAGUCACGGUAUCUUCAUUUGGCGCCUCAGAGGUUUCUCUGCUCACCUGCGGAGCCAGGAAGCAGGCCUCCCAGUGGUUGAGCACAGCCCCGGCUUCUACACAGGCCGUCCAGGCUACAAGCUGUGCCUGCGCUUGCACCUGCAGACCCCCAACGCCCCGCGCUGCUCCAACUUCAUCUCUCUCUUUGUCCACACCAUGCAAGGAGCUUUUGACGGGCUGCUGACCUGGCCGUUCCAGGGCACCAUCCGCCUUGCCAUCCUUGACCAGGGCCCCGAGGGUCAGCACCACAUGGAGGUGAUGGAGACUAAACCCGACCUGCAAGCCUUCCAGAAGCCCACCAUCCAGCGCAACCCUAAAGGAUUUGGCUAUGUCACCUUUCUGCACCUUCAGCAGCUGAGUCAAAGAGCCUUUAUUAAAGAUGACACUCUACUCAUCCGCUGCGAGGUGACACCUCGAUUUGACAGUAUGUUUCACCGCGAUGGUCCGACAGUGCAGCCCAGAGGACAUGAGGCCUCAGUUUCAAGGGACUAAAGCCAAACUCAUAUCUAUAGGAGGAUCGUUAUCAUGCAGAGAUGUCAGCACACACACAUUUAAAAUUUGGACACUGCAAGCAUGCUAGUAUUUAUUUGUUUACCGACUUUUAAAUGUUAGUGUGAUUUUUGUUUUAAUAAAUAUAUACAGCACAAUCCUUUUAAUAUAUUUGCAAUAUAUGUCUUCACUCACAAGGUACUAACAUUCAGCAGGCCUCGUAAGGUCAGUAGUUACUAAUGUUUAAUCAGCUCACCAGUUUAAGACGUGUACUUCCUGCCUGCAGACUGAAUAUUACUACAUGACUUUGCUCUCUUGUUCUGGUUGUUAGAGACAGCACUGAAUGUUAGACAUACCUUGUGGAGUUUCUGACCGCUAGUGUCACGAUGGAGCGGAUUCCCAUUGUAUUUUGUACUUCAUCCUGAACUAGCACACACACACACGGACCCACAUGUAUGCAUAGGGGCAUGUGGGUGAUGAGACAUACAUUCUCAACGACUAUACAUGAGUACUGCAUACAAGCUAUCAAAAAUGACGCAAAAGGUGAACAGGUGAAACUAAUCCCCCAGCAACAGCACUGGGGUGUGUCGCAGUCUUCUUGUAAUGGCCACAGUUGGAAGUCCAAAAACACAUUCCUCGCUACCAAAUCAUGUAAAAGAAAUGGCUGCACAAUGAUGAAGAAAUGCCACAAACACAGAUUACUUGUGAUCACAAUUUUCCUUCCAGAAAAAAAAACACCUGGAAGAGCUCCAACAGCAUCUUAUUCAUGCCAUUCAUGUGUGCAGAGACAGCUGGCUCAGCCUGACCAGGAUUCUAAUGUGCAAGUCCAAUGGAUCCAAAAACAUGGAAACCUGAAGAACUGUUUAUUGAGGUGCAAUCUUGCAAUACAGAAUGUCUUGUAUGUCAACUGGAGAAGAUGGAGCAGCAAUCAAAGCAAAAAGUCUGACCUUGUCCAUCAAACAAAAGGAGGGCAAUAUGACAUCCUUCGGUUUUUUAUGGUAUUACACUGGAUAUUUGGUGGCGGUAACAUGGCAAGCAACUUCAUAAUAUUCCAGAAACAGGUGAAGAAGAAGACUUCUAGUUGGUGUGCGUAUGGAUAUGAAAAAAAGUCUGCUUUGCAAAUGGUUUGAAUGCAGAGGCAAAAGCUCCACAGGGUACCUUUUAACAGGGUUCCUACGGCCAUCGAAAACCUGGAAAAGUCAUUGAAUUUCGCUUUGGAUAUGUUUGAAUAAGAGGAAAAUAACACGAUGAGAGACUUUACAUGUCGCGCCAUGAAUCCCAAAGUUUGCGUACCUAUGGUAUGGCCCACCACUACUUUAAGUUGUGCUGCAUUUUUGAGAUGGAGCAGUUAGUUUUAUACAAUUAUAUAAUAUAUAAUUUUAUCAUGGGUCCUUGAAAAGUCUUGGAAAUGUUUUGAAAUGUGUCCAUGAAAAUGCGUGGGAACCCUGUUAGAAAAACACAUACAUGUACUUUCCAAAUUAAUCAUUUCAUACUUCAGUACUUUUGACUUUUUAUAAUGUACUCUGACAUAAUCAACAAAAACUGACAGCACUUUCUUCAAAAUGGAGGAUUUUCUCUUAGCCCAGUUCCAUCGUCUUGGCAGAUUGUGGUAUAAUACAUUACAGCUGUGCAGAUUGUCACUUAAUUGCUCAUAUUCCUUUUGACAGAGUUUAGGUGCCUUUCACACAAGUUCUUACCCAGUGUGACCUUGGAAGAUAUUUUGACAGUAGACAGAAGUCCAACGUCACGAUUGAGUGUCUUUACUUUAAACCAGUAUGCUGCCUUUUAAGCCUUUACAUGAUGUAAUUAAUAUAUUGUUUUAUAUUUUAGUUUUUUUUCUCCACUUGUAACAUUGCAUUGUUACGAUGCCAUUUAAAAUGAUUUGACUGUGUGCAGAAUGAUUCCUGUUGAUAACUGAAUGAGAUGUUUUCCAUGAAUUUCAGCAUAUGAGACAACACUGACGCAAAAAUAGCCUCAAAUUAAAGCUAAGCUUACUUAAAUUCAGAGCAACUGUAGUCUCACUUUUUUUGGUUCUUUAAGUAAUUAUUUAAACCAAUGAAACAACAUUGUGUACUUUUUGCUGCUGUAUAAAUAUUAAUAAUGUGUCCUGA